UUUUCACUGUCGUCUUGUCGAAAGUAGACGAGGGGGGAGAGAAAGAGAGAGAGAGAGAGAGAGAGAGAUGGGGAGGAAGAAGGGAGUAGUGUUGGAUGAAGGAGCGCCGGACGACUUCGAUCCGGAGAAUCCAUACAAGGACCCUGUGGCGAUGCUGGAGAUGAGGGAGCACCUGGUGAGAGAGAAGUGGAUCGACAUCGAGACCGCCAAGAUCAUCCGCGAGAAGCUCAAAUGGUGCUACCGCAUCGAAGGCGUCAAUCAUCUCCAGAAGUGUCGCCACCUUGUUCAGCAGUACCUCGACUCCACCCGCGGCAUAGGCUGGGGCAAGGACCACCGCCCCCCUUCCCUUCACGGUCCUAAGGUUGAAUCCGAAUGAUUUUCUUCUUCGAGGUAUUG